AUGACAGGAAGGGGUACUAAAGGAGGAACCACCAAGAAAACUGGAGGAGGAGCAGGUGGUGUUUCACAAACAGAGUUUAACAAGUUUUAUGAUAACGCCACAUCCGACUUUACAUCCCUCAAUGGCAGGUGUGAUGCAUUGGAGGAACGAGUCAACGAAAUGGAGAGACUGCUCAAGGAAGCCAGUGACAAAGAUGUGCAGCUAAGACAGCAAUUCGGACAAACCAUUCAACAGCUUGAAACUAAGCUUCACGCUGCCCUCUGCAGGAUAAAGGAUUUGAGCGAAGGAUGA